AUGUAUCAAAAUGUAUUAAAUAGUAAUUCAAAUUCAACAAGUUAUGGUGGAAUGAAAGCAGAAGAAAAAACUGACUAUCUUAAUCAAUCAGUUAUUACAGGUUAUAUUAAAGGUUUCUCUUCAUUUAUUCCAAGCAGUAUCAAAUCAUCGAUUAAAAAACAGAUUAUGAAUUCACCAGUUACUUUUGAAGAUGAAAAAGAUACAAUUGUUGGUACAUAUUUUGACGAAUGUUUUAUUCAAGGAGAAAAACAUAAAAUUCUUAUAAAUUGUUAUAACAAUGGUUUUCAAAUUUGGGAUUUAAAUCAUUCAGAGGGUGUUAAAGAAAUUUUAUCAUCAAGAGAUGGACUUAUUAAAUUUUGUAAAGUUUUAGCAAAUCCAGCAGAACCAGAUGAUGAGUCAUCACCGUUUUACGGUAAAAGACCCUUAUUAGCAGUUGUAUCAGGUGAAGAUGUUCCCAAUUCAAAAGUUGGUAAAAAUAUGGUUAGAAUUAUUUCAUUACAAACUACAGAAUUAGUGAAUAUGUAUAAAUUUAGAUCACCAAUAUAUAAUGUUCUUUCAAAUAAUAAAUUAAUUUUAGUAGUUUUAAAAGAAAGAAUUGUAGGUUUUGACCCAAAUAAUAUGAAUAAAGAGAUAUCAUUAGCAUCAUAUCCAAGUGUUUCACCAUUAGGAGUUAUUGCAUUAGGUAGUCGUUGGAUAGCAUUUACUGACUAUGAAUCAAAACAUCAACAAUCACAACACCACCUUUAUAAUCAUCAGCAUCAUCUUCAACAACAACAACAAAAUUCACGUUCAUUGGUACCUCAAAAUCAAACAUUUGGUGACACUGCUGUAGAUGUAGCAUCGGAUAUAGCCAAAGAAGUAGCACAAAAACUUUAUUAUUUUGGCGAUAUUGGCAGAAAGAAAGUAUCUAGUUAUUUAUAUCCUGAAGAUAGUUCACUUUCAAAUCAAUUAGCUCAACCACAGUUAGGAUUGGUACAGGAUAAGCCAAAUGAAAAUUGUGUAAUUGUAAUUUAUGACUUUAUAAAGAAAAAAGUAGUUACUCUUAUUAAACCUCCACAUAGCCAUCCAAUAUCUUAUUUAGCUUUCGACCCAACUGGUACGAUUUUAUUCACAAGCACAACUGAAGGUACAAAAGUAAACACCUAUCAAAUUAUACCAUUUACCAACUCAUUAAACAUUUCAUCACCAAUUGUACAUAGCGCAAAUAAAGAUAGUGGUGUUGGUAGUAAAGAUUGUAGUAAUAAAGACAGUAUAGUUAUUGUAAAUAAUAAUAAUGUUGGUGGUUCAAAUAGCAGUAGUGCCAAUAGUGGCAAUAUUCCCAAUGAACAAUUAUAUAGACACAUUUAUAUUUUAAAACGUGGUAUCACCAAUGCCUCAAUUCAAGGAAUCGUUACAAAUGAAACAUGUAAAUGGGUAGCCUUAACAACCUCUAGAGGCACAACCCAUAUAUUUGCAAUUAACCCACUCGGUGGAGAGGUAGAUAUUCAUACUCAUAUAACCCGUAGUCCAAAUACAAAAAGACCAUAUGAUUAUUAUUCAUCAGUACUUAAUUUAACUCCAUCACUUUUAACUAUCAAUGCUAUGGACCGUAUUAAAUUAGGAAAUGACAAUGAAGAAUCAAGUGUAACCAGUAAUAUGUGUGGUGGUAAUGCCUGCUUUAUUGAAUCAAAUUCUCAAAAUCUCGAAAAACUUUUUGUUGUUAGCCCAACCGGACAAUUGAUCCUCUACGAGCUUAGACCCCAAAAGCCUCCUCUCUCAUCAGAGAUGGCUGAAAACACCUUAUGUCUUUCUUUGACCCCAGUUGCUGAAUGGGAUGUCUGCAGAAAAACCAGGUCACCCGAAUACAAGUCCCAUUUAAUUCCAUACACCCUAGAAGAUUUCAAUGAUCAAAUAAAUAACAAUAAUCAAUCACAGCUUUUAAAGGUCGAUGCUGAAGCAAGAUGGCUUUAUAAUGUUGAAAUUAUUACUCAUAGUCAAGAUAUUAGAGCUAUUUGGGGUGUACCUCAAUUUACUUUUAGAUCAUCAUCAUCCUGUGAACCAUCUUCAGCCCAAUCCUCAUCCUCAAAUAGUAGUAAUGUAAAUGGAGUUUCAUUUUUUGAUCAAGAUUAUCCAACAGGUGAGGCUAUCAAAUUUGAAAAAAGAAAAAAUAUAUCACCAAGAAUUCAAGAUGGCAGUUUAAAUUAUUUAGGUUCUUCUCCAAAUAGCUUAGAUGACUACAAAGCAACAUCAUUUGAUAAUAAUUAUUUUGUAAAUAUUAAAGACGAAGAUGAUAUAGAAAUUAUUGAAAAAUUAAAUGAAGCUAUAAAAACUCCAAUUACAAAAACAACAACAGUCCCAAUAGCUAUAAAUAAUAAUAAUAAUAAUAGUAAUAAUAGUAGUCAUAAUGGUAGUUUUGGUAGUAAUAGUGGUAGUAAUAAUAGUCGCUUAGUAGGUCCUCCUUUAUCUAUUAAUAAUAAUAAUAAUAAUAAUAAUAAUUUUAAUAAUUUUAAUAAUACUUUAAAUGGUACUAUUAUUAAUAAUACUCAUCCUGCUGGAUAUAUAAAUAGUAAUAAUAGCUUUAGUAAUCCAAUUGACACAGAUGCAUUAUAUAUAAAUAGAUCAUUCUCAUUCGAUGAAGAUGAUGAAAAAGAUUUAAUUCCAAAUCCAAUAACAGCAGGUUUAAAAUAUAAUGACUCAAAUAGUAGUUUAGGUAAAUUUGGUAGCAACAAUAACUUAGGUGGUUUGGGUAUGGAUGACGAUGAUGAUUUUCCUUCUUAUCCAGCUUUAGCUAAAACAGAAAAUAAAUUUACUCCACCAAUUAUUAUAGAAAAUCACAGCGAUAAUAUAGUUAAACUACCUUUAGAUAAUAUUGGCAAAAAUAAUAAAAAUAAUAGUAACAGUGGAUCAUCUACUACUACUACAACUACAUCUACUCAAUCACAGCCAAUUCCAAUUGUUAAAAAGUCCUCAUCAUCUUCGUCGUCAUCUUCCCCAAAAGAAUCAAAUAACAAAAAUGAAACCGAUCAAACUUUAGCUGGUAGUUUCUCUUCAUCCUCUUCAACCCAAUCUGCAACUUCACCUUCUUCUCCAAAACCAAAUUUAUCUUCACCUCCAAAAUCAUCAUCAAAAAAAAAGAAAUAAAAUAUAAUAAAUAAUAAAUAUAGAAAAAAAAAAAAAAAAAAAAUUUUAAUAAAAACUAUUAUAAUUCACCAUUUGAACAGCAAAAAAAAAAAAAAA